AUGCACCCGCUGGCCAAGUAUCCAGGCCCUUCUCUCGCUGCCAUUUCAUACAUCUGGUACGCAAAGAAAUGGCUUGAAGGGAGAUACCCGUGGGCUGUGGAAGAGCUUUUUGACAAGUAUGACUCCGAGAUUGUUCGCGUCGGGCCAAAUGAAAUUGCAUUGAGGUCACCACAAGCCCAGCACGACAUAUACACAGCAGCAGUCCGUAACCGCGAGACUUUUGUCAAGACGGAAUUCCAGGAUCUCGGAGGAGACGAGCCGGGCAUCACGGCUGAGCGAGAUCCAGAAAAACACCGCUCGCUUGCCAAGCUUCUCACUCCCGCGUUUUCUCCUCGGGCCAUGCAUGCCCAAGAGAUUCAUGUACACCGGUAUGUAGACCUACUAGUCGAGCAGUUGUCCAGGCAUGGGGGCACUUGCCCCACUGGUGUCGAUAUGAGAGAGUGGUUUGACUGGCUCGUCUGCGAUAUCGCCGGCUACAUGGCUUGGAGUCAUGAGUUUGAUAAUUUGAAAAACGCUCAAACGUGUGUUUACUUACGAGAGUCGAUCAAGAUUGGUCGAUUUGGUACGAUUCGACAAGUACUGAAGAAAUUCCCCCUUCUGUUCCCAUUGACGCCUUUGUUCGUUCCCAAGUCCCUAGCUCAAACCAUUCCAACCUGGUUCCGGUUCAACCGUGAAAUUGUAGCAGAGCGUCUUUCGAAGCGGGAGCGUCUUGAGGGUGCCGAUUAUUUCUCAUCGCUACUUCGGGAAGAUUCCAGUGUAGAUUCUGAAGAGUGGUUGGUCGCGCAGUCGAACGUUCUGCUCGCCGCCGGCUUCGACCCCCUGACCAACAUUCUUACAUCGGCACUCUAUUAUUUAUGCAAGACGCCACGCGCGCGUGACCGACUCCAAGACGAGAUCAGAGGCGAAUUCGACAGCUAUGCUGAUAUCAAGGCUGAGAAGCUACAAAGCACCAAGUAUAUCCAAGCUGUCAUUGAUGAAGCCAUGCGCCUUCAUACAAACGCGGCAUUUGGUCUUCCUAGAUAUAGCCCUGGGGCUGUUGUAGACGGCGAAUACAUUCCGAAAGGCACCAUUGUGCAAAACGCGUCCUUCGCGGCGACUCACAGUUCCAAAUAUUUCCUCCGCCCAAGGGAGUUCUGGCCGGAGCGUUUCUUGGGACAAGACCAUAAGUGGUAUGACGAGAGCUUCGGUCGUUAUGACAACAUGAAGGUCUUCAAGCCCUUUUCACAAGGACCGCGGGCUUGUCCUGGACGGGAAAUCGGUAUGAUGCAAGCCCGCAUUACUUUGGCGAAACUGAUCUGGACCUACGAUAUGGAGCUGCUCAAUCAUGGGACUGAUUGGGAGAGAGAAUCCAAGCUCUUUCUCAUUUGGGAUAGGCCGGAAGUACGAGUCAGGUUUCACAAGCGCAUGUAG